CUCGGCAAUCCCAAGGCUUUUUAGGACUGAUCCUGCGGCUUUAUAGGACGCAACCAGCGCAGCCUUUUCAUUAUGAACGCCCGUGCGCGCUUUUGCUACAGAACCCGCAUUUCUCCUGUCGGCGACUUUUUUUAGGCGCCUCGAAGAUACAUUCUGCUGCUGCGGAGGAACCCACAUUUCUCCGGUCGGCGCGAUCCCCGUCUUGCGCAGACCCUCAAUUUCCUCGUUCUGCCGUGUAAUUGUGCGUCAAGCGUUGUCGUGUCGGACGUUUAUCGGAGAGCCCAUAGCGAGUACGGGAGCGAUGGCUCCCGUUCGCAAGAAGGCGGAACCUUCCAGGAAGGAGGAGAGCGAGAUCGAGAGUGCCAGCGCGAGCGGGAGCGAGAGCGACAACGGGAGCGGUAGCGGUAGUGAGAGCGGAAGUGAAAGGAGCGAGCGAUCGGACAGCGGUUCUGAGCAGGGGAGUGGUGCGGAGGAGUCGGGGGACGAAGGGAGUGGGACGGACGGAGAGGAUGAGGAGGGGAGUGAUGAGGAGAGUGAGCGAGACGCGAGAUCAGAGAGUGACGUCAGCGAGGCGGACGGGGAUGAGGAGGAGGAGAAGGAGGCGGGGAAGAACGGAGGGGAAGUAUCAGGAGGGCAUGAGAGGCGAGGGCUGCUGGGAGCAAAGAAGGGCAAAGGAGCGGAAAGGGCUAAGGGGCAGGAAUUGGGGAAAGACGAGAAGGUGAACAGACGUCGGCUGACGUGGCUAGCGUGGAUUGGCCUUUGGCUGGGCUAUCUGAUCGCAGCGUUCAUUGCGUACCAUGUAAUGCAGGCCGCCACGUCACCAGUUCCCAUUUCGUCCCACGCCUCGUCAUCCUCCUGCUUCUCCUCCUCCUCCUCUUAUAACGAAACAGCUGCAGAAGGGGAAGAAGAGGAUCCAGCUGCGCAUCCAGGAACAGUCCAAUCAGGAAACGCCACGUGUCCUGCCCCGCCACUCCCUCCCUUCGCCUCUAUCCUGUCCGCCCACCCAAUCCUAGCAGCAGCAGCAGCUGCUGCUGCUGCAGCAGCUGAUUUUGCCCUUCAACCCUGGACCCCUGCUGCCGCCACUUUAGCCGUUCUAGGGUUCGCCCUCCUGCUGCUUCGUCAAGUAUCUACCGCGGCUAAGAGACGAGUAGCCUUAAGAGAGACACUUAAAGAGUUGGAGGCAGAGGGAGCGAGCGCGGGGGCGGGAGGAGAGGAGGAAGAGGGAGACGGGAAGGAGAGUGAGGGGGAGGGCGAGGGAGGCUCGCAGGACGGUGGGGGGAGGUAUGGAGAGAGGGAGGAUUGGGAGGGGUUUGUAACUAGUGGGGGAGGGGGGAGUCAAGAGCCGGGUUUCAGUGAGAUUCUGGCGGGGAUAGGGGAGAGCACGGGGACUAACUCCCUGCUAGCGAUCAUAGUGAAUGAGGUGCGAGUGCCUCUGAGGGGCGUGCUGGGCCUGCUACAGUUACUGUCCGCCUCGCCCUUAGAUGCGAUGCAGCAGGAUAUUCUGCACUCUGUUAGUGCCACUACCCGCCACCUCAUCCACGUUGCCAAUAACGUCGUUGACACCUGGCGCGCUGACGGCCGGGCGGCUGCAGCAGCAGCUGCUGCUGCUACAGCCGCUGUUACAACUAGCACAGCUGGUACAGGGACCGGGGCGCCUGCAGCUGCUGCCGCGGCUGCUACAGCAGAUGGUACAGGAGGGGCGUCGGGCGCUGUAGCUACAGUGCCGGUGCCGCCCAGGCUGGAGUCGGCACUGUUUGAGUUUCGUCCGCUAGUGGAUGAGGUGUUGGCGCUGACAGGAGGGGAGGCGUGUGAGAAGGGGGUCGAGAUUGCUGCCCUUGUCAUGGACUCGGUGCCUCUGGCUGUAGUAGGCGAUCCCUUAAGACUCAGACAGAUUCUUUUGAACCUCUUCACCAUUGCUGUGCGCCUCACGGACCGAGGCCACAUCUUCCUCUGCGUGCGCGUCGCCUUCGAACCUUCCCAAAAACCACACGCAGCCGCAGCAGCAGCAGCAAAAACAGGAGCAGCGGGAGCAGGAGCAGGAGCAGGAGCAGGCGAGAAAGACAAAGGCAGGGAUCAUGGGGAGAGGCAGGAGGGGGAUCGGGGGGAGGGGGAUGGGGAGGAGGAGAAAGAGAGGGCAGCUCGGGGUAAGACAUCUCUGAUGAAGGGCGAGCACCUGACUUUGAGCGGGUUACCAGCAGUGGACGGCAGCAACAGCUGGCCGGCCGUCUGUGAAAUGCUCAAAGAGCAGGACAGCCGAGUCAGAAAAACACCCUCCGGUGGUGCUGCUGCUGGUGCUGCUGCUGCUAGUGGUGCUGCUGGUGCUGCUGGCGCUGGUGGUGGUGGUUCCGCCACCGCUGCAUCUGCUAGUGCUGCCGGUGCUGCUGGGGGAAGGGCAGUGGCGGAGAGGAGGCGGAGGGGCAAACGGCUGCUGUUCUCCCUGGAGGACACGGGGGCGGGACUACCUGAUGAGGUGCUGGCUGCUAGGGAGCGGCCGUUUGAGGCGGUCCACAUGAAGCUGCAGCAGAAGUACGCCGGGGUGCCGCUGCUGCUGUGCUUUGCGGAGAAGCUCGUCGAGUCCAUGUCAGGGCAAAUGUCGCUAUCCACGCGCACCAGUGUGGGCACUACCGUCACCUUCGACGUGCUGCUAGACCAGCCUCCCCCAGGCGCCAUCCCCACCAGCAACGCCGGAGGGUUUGCAGGAGGGGGAGGGGGAGGGGGAGGGGUAGGCAGUGGGGGCAGUGGGGGUGGGGGAGCGGGAGGGGGGGCAGCGGGAGCAGUGGGAGCAGCAGGGGGAGUGGUGGCGCGGGUGUUCCACAUAGGGUACGGGGCGAUAGGGGACGACCAGCAUGCGGAGUGCGCGGGGCUGAGGGCGAAGCUGAGGGGCAUGCGGUGCCUGGUGGUGGACGGGCGGCCUGUGAGGCAGCAGGUGACUGCCACCUACCUGGCUCGCAUGGGGCUCCGAGUGGACCUCUCAGACAGCGUCCCUGCUGCUGCCCUGGCUCUGCGGCACUCCAGGCAGCUACCAGGCCAGGGGCUGGUGAACCGCAAGAGCCGGUGGGACAUGGUGGUAGUCGAUGCUGACGCUGAUGGGCCGGGCACGGGAAUCGAGCUGGGGCGCAUGGUGCAGCAGCUGAAGGACCUGCGGGAGGUGUGGGAGGCCACCCCGAUCGUUCCUAAGCUGGUGCUGCUCACACAGACCACGAACGAUGACAUGGAGGCAGAAGCAGCACGGCAUGGCUUCUCGUGCAUCAUGCUCAAGCCGCUCAGAGCCGCCACCAUGGCGACCGCUCUUCUGCAGGCUCUUGGGCUCAACCCCAGGGAAACGACAGCUCUGGCUACAAGGCGCAGGCAGCUGUUGCUGCGGCUGUGCCUGAAAGCCAAGCGAGUGCUGGUGGUGGACCACCACUACAUCACGCGCAAGGCUGCUGCUGAGCUGGUUUCGCACUUUGCUGACGUGGUAGUGGCUGUUGACAGCGCAGCGGAGGCCCUCUCGAGGCUGGCGCCUCUGCCACAUGCCUUCCAGCUUAUCCUCGUUAAUAUCCGACUCGCUGACAUGCCCGGCUUUGAAUUCACGGAGGAGGUGCGGCGCCGCGAGGCGGAGCACAACAAGGCGGAGGUCCAGCGGUGGGGCGCCACGUCAGCGCAGAGGAUCCACGUGCCGAUCCUGGGGCUGGUGUCGGACAUGCACCCGGAGAUGGUGGCGCGGUGGCGCGAGGUGGGCAUGGAUGGAUUACUCACCAGCCCUAUCGAUGAGGCUCAACUCUUGACGGUGGCUUCCAGGCUGUUCAAGCCAGCUGAGCAUUGAGGCCUGACUGACCAUUGUCCACCCUCCUCUGCUCUGGCAUGGAUCGGCGGUUCACCAGAACCAUCGAUAAGGUCCAGCUGCUGCCCGUUGCUUCCAGGCUGUUCAAACCAGCUUAGCACCUUUGAAUUACUCUACAGAUGAGCAUGGAAGCCUGCCCUGCAGAAUGCAUGGAAUCUAUCCCAAGCCACAUCCUCCUCUGCUAUAUGGAAUGGGAAUUGAAGGCACGAGGGAGUGAACGCUCUAUGGGCCUCUAAUCAGCCCCAGUGAUGAGGCUCGGCUCGGCUCCCUUUCCUAUCUGCUCUUGGCUUCUCUUGCCUAUCUGCUCUUGGCUUCUCUUGCCUAUCUGCUCUUGGCCUCUCAAGCCUGCUGCGCAAUGAGCAUCGUCAGAUUGACACCAAUUGCAACAUCCUCCCCCGUGCCUGCAUGCUAGUCUUUCCCAAGGUGUGCUCUCACACCACCACGCCAACCGUACCAAGGAUUCUGGAACGAGCUGGGGACGAGCUGCGGGCGUACAGUAUGCCCUGGAAGAUGGUAAAUUGUUGAACAUUAUUUAUCAACCGAUGUACAGUACGUUCUUGCCUUGCUUUGUAACAAUUGUCUUUGACAGUCAGGGUUUGACCUAACAGCUCAGCUGU